AGUCGAUAGCAGAGGUCAUCGCUCGGGUUGUGUACGGCCGCAUCAGGAACCAUAAGAGCAAGAACGGUGUGUGGUUGCACUCUUAUUUCGGUUAUUAAUAGCUGGUGAUAUUGAAGAAGUAGGUCGCGGCAGCAGAUCGUUUCUCGGAACCAAAGUCUAUCUCAAAAAAAGUGGAAGGAGCAGCUUGUAGCAGCUAAGUGAAAUGUCUUCUCUGAAGUCAUGCGUAUAGGCUAACAAGCUGUCGACCCGAGUGGCUAGCAAAGCUAUCAGGAAGUUCUUGUGUACUGAGAAGGGUGCAUGCGGGAUUUAUUUUGUUGUACCAGGAAAUGAAACGAAAGUACAAAUGACCGUGAGUGCUUAAACUAUUUAUUUCCUUGAUAGAUCUCUAUCAGACACUAUUUUAGCCUGUUAAUGAUCAGCUAGCCAGCCAGCCAGCUAGCUAGCAGCGCAGAACCCCGACCUGUCCAUACAUGUACAUGCUCUCGGGCUCCUGUAGUCGCCAGCAUUAUAAAGCGAGUUCUGCUUGCUGUUUUUUUAUUUAAAGAGACAGUAAUAGAAGCGAGUGAAUGAAAGGGAUUAAAGUAAGAGCCGUACUGGAGCGUUUUUCACUCAGGACGGAAUAAUGCAGUGGCUGUGAGGAGGCUCCACUUCUGGCCUCAGGUCUGCAUGUGCUGGAUGUAGAUGAUGCGGAUGCCCUGGCUCAUUACUGUCAUUAACCGAAGAAUCAUGAAACUCCUCGUCGCCCUCGGUCUCAUCGCAUACAUCGCCUCUGUCUGGGGAACCUACACCAACAUGAGGAUGAUUCAGGAGCAUAGUGAGCUGAAGAUUGAGCAGAGGAUAGAUGAGGCUGUUGCACCUUUAAGAGAGAAAAUUCGGGAUCUUGAGCUUAGUUUAACACAGAAGUAUCCGCCUGUCAAGUUUCUCUCUGAGAAGGAUCGCAAGAGGAUUUUGAUCACUGGUGGUGCAGGUUUUGUGGGCUCACACCUGACUGAUAAACUGAUGAUGGACGGUCAUGAGGUGACUGUGGUGGAUAACUUUUUUACCGGGCGCAAGCGCAACGUAGAGCACUGGAUCGGCCAUGAGAACUUUGAGCUCAUCAACCACGAUGUGGUAGAACCGCUCUAUAUCGAAGUGGAUCAGAUAUAUCACUUGGCUUCUCCCGCAUCACCUCCCAACUACAUGUAUAAUCCAAUCAAGACCCUUAAAACCAACACUAUUGGCACUCUGAAUAUGCUUGGUCUGGCGAAGCGUGUGGGUGCUCGACUACUUCUUGCAUCCACGUCAGAAGUGUAUGGAGAUCCAGAGGUACAUCCUCAGAAUGAAGACUAUUGGGGUCACGUGAACCCAAUCGGACCGAGGGCUUGUUAUGAUGAAGGGAAGCGUGUGGCUGAAACUAUGUGUUACGCAUACAUGAAACAGGAGGGGGUAGAGGUGCGAGUAGCACGGAUCUUCAACACGUUUGGUUCUCGCAUGCAUAUGAACGAUGGCCGGGUGGUUAGUAACUUCAUCCUACAGGCUCUACAGGGCGAGCCUCUGACGGUUUAUGGUUCAGGGUCUCAGACCAGAGCAUUUCAAUAUGUCAGUGAUCUUGUGAAUGGUCUUGUGGCUCUGAUGAACAGUAACAUCAGCAGUCCUGUUAACCUGGGAAACCCUGAGGAACACACUAUACUGGAAUUUGCUCAGAUGAUUAAAAGCCUGGUUGUGAGCCGCAGUCAUAUCCAGUUCCUUCCAGAAGCACAGGAUGACCCUCAGAGACGGCGGCCAGACAUCCGCAAGGCAAAAAUGCUGCUCGGCUGGGAGCCUGUGGUGCCUUUGGAGGAGGGACUGAACAAAACAAUUCAAUAUUUCAGCAAGGAGCUGGAACAUCAAGCCAAUAAUCAAUAUAUUCCCAAACCCAAGGCAGCCCGGAUGAAGAAAGGCAGACCAAGACACAACUAGAGAACAGGCUUUCUCUCAGGGAUGCUGGGACAGGCCUCAUGUGGCCUCUAGCAGCCAUUUGACACUGAGGUAUUUUUCCCACCAUGAACCAAGUGAUUUGGGAUUCAUUUUUCCUCUUUUUUUUUUUGGAAAAGUGGGCUCUAGUGAGAACUGCCUCUUCUGUGCUUGCUUUUCAAACGUGUGCCUCAGAAAAAGAGAGAGAGAGAAACCAGACGCUAAGUACCACGUCUUGCACUUUGGAUUUUGCCUAUUAUUUAAGAAAAUGUUGAAAAACUCCUCUUUGUGCAUUCAUGCCAUGCUGUUUUGUUUGAUGUGAUCUUUUUUUAAACUAAUGUCUUUGUUUCAGUGUUGAGAUUUAUUAUGGAGCGUAGCGAGAUCCACUUUAUUUAUCUUGAAUGUGCUGCAGUGGGACGUUCGGCGCUAUUCUGAAGAAAAGAGAAAACUAUGUGAAACGUAUUUCUGCUUUUUUUUAAAAUGUCAUUUUGAGCCAAGUCUACUGUUGCCAUUGUCACAUUUCUUCAAAGAGAACACUCAUGCUUUUUCUGAUUUCAGGUGAAAAAAAAAGCUAUUUUAAUAAAAUAUUUACACUGUUCGUUAUA